UUUCGUAUAUAUUUGUUGGCGGCUAUUGCAAUACAAGGUCACACCUGGCCUAACCUCGGUUAUUUGACACGACACAACUGAAUACGGUUUCAGUGGUGUAUUUAAAUAUUGUACAACCUAAAUUUUUCUCUGUAUUAUGGAAGAUCAGAUGUGGGAUAAUUCAAUGAAUGAAGAGGAGACGGAUCAUUGUCCUGCAGACAGUUUGCCGACUGCUGAUGAAGAGAACUGCGUUCCAGAGAAGCUGACUGUUAAUUCAAACGUGAAUGUACAUGACGAUAUCAAGCCCAAAGAAAAGCAUACCACAACUAAGGAGAAACGUUUUCUCAUAAAUGAUAUGGUAGAAGCGGUCGACUUCAGUCUCUUACCUGAAGGUUGGCUUCAGUUGCGUCAUACCUCUGGACUCAAUGUCUAUUUGCAUAGAUCAAGUCGAGUAGUGACAUUAUCAAGACCAUAUUCCAUUGGACCGGGUAGUGUACGUUAUCAUCGGAUUCCUGUAUCUGCAAUUCCAUGUUUAGCGUAUCGAAAAGCUAUGGGACAAAAUUUUCGGACUGUAGAUUCUAACAAGGUUUCUACAGAAAUGGCUGAUUCAUGUAAAGAGUCAAGCGAUGAAACAAAAUGUAAUCCAGUUGAAAAUUCAUCUGAAAACCAGCCAAACGGAGACACCGAGAAGCUUCAAACUUCAGAAAGUGUUCCACUGCUUGUAAAUAAACAAGAUAAUACAGAUAAUGAUGUCGGUGAAACGCUGACUUCUAAUAUCGACUUGUCACAAAGCAACAACCCGUAUUCAUCACAUUGUUUGGAAGAAGUUAAGCAUUCUGAUAAAGAAGAAGGUGAAUUAUCUUCAGCAGAUGAUGAGAAGGAUACUUCAUUUGAAGAGGAAAAAGUUAAGAAAGCACGUUGGGAUGAUACUAGUAUUUCUGUUACCAAUGAAAUGUCAAUUUCACAAGAUUCAUUGUCUGAAGAGAAAGGAGAAGAAGUUUCAAAUACUUCAUGUCCAUUUACCUACAAAAGAUCAACACAUUUUGGAAAUAAACGUCGUAAACGUAAAUAUGUUGUUAAUCGUUCAGGUAGAAAAUCUGCAUCGAUUAUAUCACCAACUACUACUAUACAGUCAGAAUCUGAUGUAAAUAAACAAGGUGUAUCAACUGGAGAUGAAGAAUUUGUUGCUGUUAAAACACAGGUGUUUUCUGUUAAAGAUAAGGAGAAAGAAUCCCUUUUGACACCUGAUGAAAUCCGUGAAUAUUGUGGACGUCUUUUUGAAAUAAGAGUAGAAGAUGCAAUAAUUCAAAGGAACCAUGAACGUAAUAUUUUAAAAGACCCAACUAAGGAACCAGAAGAAACUCAGAAACCAUUACUAAUGAUGUCAGAACAAGCAAAAGUUAUUCGAUAUCAGAUACCAUCAUCUGACGGAAAUACUUCAAAAAGACAGCUUAAAGAGGGAAUGAUCAAUAUGACAGGCAAAUCGUAUGUAUGCAUUCUUCAUGAAUACUGUCAAAAUGUUAUACGCCGUCCACCGACUUAUCAGACAAAAGUUCUUGAGAAUGAGAAAAAUCCCUAUCAAAUGACAGUGUUUAUUAAUAACAAUCCAUAUGGGACAGGUACAGGACAGAGUAAAAAGUGUGCAAGAUUAGAAGCUGCUCGUAAAGCACUAGAAAUUCUAAUACCUGAUUUUCAAAAAAUUGUUGGUUCAAAUUCACAUCAGUCAGGUCCAGUUACAGCUACUGAUCGUGAUAUGGAGUUGUUUGAUUCUAUUUCAGUGUCUGAUCCACGUUUGUAUGAAUUAUCUGUACGUAUGGCGCUUCCCACACCGUAUAAUCUACUUAUUGAAUGUUUAAGUCGAAGUUGUGUACCUGAGUCAGAUUUAAAGUCAAGUAUGAUAUCUCAAGGACGCAGUAAACACUUUUUCACUUUACAAUUAAGAGAACAUGUAAUUAAGGUUAGGUGUAAAAAUAAGAGAGAAGGUCGACAUUUAGCUGCCCAGCAUCUUUUGUCUCGUUUACAUCCUGAAGUGAGUACUUGGAGUGGUCUCUUGCGUAUUUAUGGCCCAGGGAGUAAACCAGACAAGCGGAAUGAAUUAGAAACUAUACAAGAUGCUCAGGUCCAGCAGAAAUCAGCUGUAAAAGCCAGUUUAAUUCGUUUAUUGAGGGCGAAAAUGAGUGAACUUGCUGAUCAACAGGAGAAGUCUGGUGGGAAUAUACAUCCAAAGGGGAAGUUCUUCGUUUCACCCUACAAUCUCCCAGUAGUUGCUUUCCAUCCUGAUUCUGAAGGUGACUUGUACAGUUCUGCGCCUAUAACUUCAUCUGUACCUUCGCCCUUGUUGCCACCGCCAUCCGACUAAUUGAUGAUCUUACUGGAACUUCCCAAAUCAAUUACUGUUUAGACACUAUAAACAUUUUUCCUGGUGCUUUCUAUCUGUAUAUUUCCACAUAGUUUGUUUUUUAUAUGCUUUAUGAAAUAUUACACAUAUGAAUUACUUUAUACUGCACUAAAUACUUUACAACUGCUUUUCGUUUAUUA